AUGGAGCCUAGCAACGUCAACGGAAGUCGACGCGGCGUUGGCCUGGUUCGGAAGUGGACCCGGCGACGCUGGAGCUCCUCGGCGGCGCUCCCCGGCGACAUCGAGGACCAGCGGGAUUUGAGCGGGAUCUCGGAGCUCGACAGGCGGCGUGCCGUUCUCCCAUCCCUCCCUUGGGAAGAGGCCUUCAUCAGCGUCGAGGAGCUCAAGAGGUUAUAUGACAAAGGCAACUUCGAAGGCAGGCUGCCCAUCAUCUCCAUCUCCUUCUGCUGGGACACGGCGGCGCACCCCGACCCGCGCGGCAAGCAGCUCGCCACGGUGGCGGCCACCCUCGAGCGCGAGAUGCCCAAGUAUGCUGAGGAGAUGGUUAGCCACGACUUCAAUACCAACGUCCCGGGCUUCACCGAGAUGGGCGUCUUCUGGGACUGGGGCUGCCUCCACCAGAGGGACCCCGCGCUCUUCGACCCGACCGAGACGCCUGAGGCCAAGCCCGAGGGGCCGGAGCGGGAGGCCUUCGUCGUGGACCUGCAGGCGAAGCGCAGGUUCUACGGCGGAGCGGCUUACGAGGCGAGCCGCAGCGAGGAGGAGAAUGCGGCCUUCCGCUACGCGCUGCACAACACGAUGGACCUGUGGUACGCCCACCAGGGUACGGGCACGCAGCGCAAGGCGGGCUACGACGAGUCGGGCUGGACCACAUACGAGCGCUGCUCCGCCGAGCAGAUCAAGAAGGCCUACUCUAUGAUUAUGACGUGGUCGCUCGUCCUCGAUCUCGGUGCUAGCAGCGGCGAGGCUCUCGAAACUGACGGGCUGAAGGACCUCGAGACCUGUGACGAGGAGUCUCGAGCCAACAAUGAUAGUGACGAGGUCAGUGACGAGGAGGACGAGGUCGAGACGAGCUGCCGAGCCGCCGAGCCGACGAGGAGACGGUGGCCGCUCGACCCCGACGGCUUCGACGAGCUGAUUGAGAAGAAACAGUUCACCAACGGCGCGGACAAGGGAGCGGUCAAGGCGUUGUACCGCAAGAUGAGCGAGGGGCAGCUGAGCAGUGUCAAGGAGCUCAACUUCCAACGGAUGACGAAACCGACGGUGCGGGACAUGCAGCAGCUCGGCCGGUGCCUCAGCCUCUGCCGUCGCCUCAGAUACUGUGACCUCCCUGAGGUCGGCCUGACGGACGAGGCUGGCGCAGCGCUCUUCUCGAACAUCGCCACGGACGCGCACAUCGAAGAAAUGCGCCUUUGGAAGAACCAGCUCGGCCCGGCGGCUGCCGAGGCGAUUGCAGCCUACCUCCGCAGCAACCGAUCGAUGACGAAGCUCCGCAUCGAGGGCAACCCCAUCGAGGACAAGGGCGAGAGGGUCAUUUAUGAGGCCGUGCGUGACAAGGAGGACUUCUUGCUCGGCACCGACGGCAUGGGCGAACAAUUCGAAACUUCGAGCGAAAGCGAAACAUGA